AUGGAAAAUGAGGAAUUGGGUUCAAGAGACUCUUUAGAUGCAAAGGAAGACAGAAGUCAAUUAUCAGACGAUGAAACUGAAGAAGAUGACCCAGACAGAGAAGAAGGAAAUGAAUUUCUGUCAGAGGAAGAGCUUGAGAAGCUCCUGAAAGGCAGUGAGUCAGAGUCAGAUGCCAAAAGGUCGAAGAGAAAGAGGGACUCUGAUAGUGAUUGGAUGCCUGCAAUAGAAGAAGAUAAGCCUCGGAGAAGACGAUCUCGACGGGUGUCUAGACAGAACUCGAAAACUGCCGUUGUGAAAAGUCGAAGGUCUCUGAGAAGGAGGGUGAGUACGUCAGCUGAGGAGUCGACUGAAGUGGAGGAGGAAGUGGAGGUGAAGCGGGAGAAGAUUCCAAGGGGAAGACCAAGAAAGACCAGGAAGGAUAGUGUUGGUGAGGAAGAACCGAAACAAAUUCCACGUUCACAGAAGCCAAAACUUAUGAAGAAGUCGGGUGUUUUCAGUUGCACUGUUUGUGACAACAGUUUCACAAACAAGGAGGAAGGCAAAGAACACUUGGAAUCACAUUAUGUCAUCGACUGCAAUCUGUGUACUCACAAAUUCUAUUCAUUGCAAGCGCUUGGUCAUCACCAAAGUAAAAAGCAUCCUGCAAAUCACAAAUGUAAUCAUUGUUUCUUCACAGGACGGACGCGCAUGGAGCUGAAGCGACAUAUGAGGAAAGAACACCAGGAUGAGCAGACCAUCCCUGGAACCACCUUGUGUCACAUCUGUGGACAACAGUUCCGUUUUGUGGUCAACGUCCAGAAACAUUUGAUGGAUGCCCAUGGCAUAAUGGAAUCGAAUAUGAAAACCUACAUGUGUGAUCAGUGUGGGAAUGAGUACUUCUUGAAGCACUCACUCCGGAAACAUAUGCUUACUCACAAGGAGAAGAACAUUGUGUGUGAUUUUGAAGGCUGUGCAAGCAAGUUUUCCAGUGAUGCUCAGUACAAGCGCCAUUAUAACACUGUGCAUCUGAAAAUCAAAAGACAUGCCUGUCCAUAUGAAGGCUGUGAAAUGAAAUUUGCAUUUAGGAAAACUAUGGCUACCCAUGUGAACAUGGUUCAUCUGAAGCUUCGUCUGUUUCCGUGUCCGUGGCAAGGAUAUCAUCCAGAAAGCCUGGAGAACGAGAAGAAGAACAAGAAAGAAGGAUUCCCGGUCAACUUUAAAAGAGGUCGGAAGAGAACACGGUUCAGGAAGUCCAAAGGAUUGGACUAUACCGAUGACCAAAUUGCAAUACCCAACAAAGAAGAGGACUCAUCCGAUGGAGAAGUUGAUGAUCCUGAUGACGUACCUAAAGAUACUGGAGGAACAGCAGACCAGGCCAGUUUCAGUGAAAAAUUUGCUGGUGGGCAGUCAGUAGGUAACAAUGUGGAGGACUUCAGUUUCGUUGAGCGGAGGGAAAGUCAGAUUGUCACGCGGCCUGCUGACCUACCGCCUGGGUAUGUUGGAAGGGACUUCAAUUCUAAUUCUCCUGCUCAAGAAACCUUCACACCAGAAUUGCCAAAACGCGAAGUUGAUUACACACGGCUUGAUUACGACACAUCACAGGCUACCCACAAUGAUUUUACAUCUAAGCAAGUUGUUAGGGAUGGAGAGUUUCAGUCAAGGGAAUCAGAUUUCCAUGCAGCAAGAGAUCCAGAAUACCAGUCUGUGCAGGAGGGGGACUUUCAACAAAGUCGAGACAGUUUUUCAUCUGUUCGAGAGACAAGCUUUCAACCAGUCAGAGAUACAACUUUUCCAGCCAGUCGGGAAGGUAGUUUUCCUCCAAUCAGAGACACCGAUUAUCAAGUCCGGGACACUCAGUCAGAUUAUCGUGGAUACCCUAUGAAAGAAAAUCUUGACACUGAUCGAGCUGGUGUUUUCCCACGAUUUAUCAGCAAGGAUGUUUUUUCAAGCACUAUCCACAGAGAUGGACAUUUUUCUCCCCGCCCUCCAAUUAAAGAAGCAUACAUCACAGGCCAAGCUUUGUCUGAAGUUGAUUAUUCACGUUUUGCUGCCAAAAACGAGCUUUCUGCUCUUACGCACACUUCCACCUGGGUUUCAAGGGCAAAUGGAAGUCCCGUCAGAGUUUGA